AUUUAAUCAAGUGAUAAUCAUCAAGAACAAGGUUCAAGAAGAUCUUUGGUUAGAGGGGUCUUUGUAUCCACGAUAAACUAUAUCAAUUAAUUUCAAAGAAGAAUUUUCUAGAUGCUUAAAUCAGAACUUUCUCACCCAACCCACACGCCCAGGUCACAUUCAAAGCCUUCAAAGAAUGUGAAUCUACUGACUCAACAUCUCAAGGUGCUGCAUCAACGGGUGGCGUUGGAUGUGGAUCUAUCUAAAAACAAGGUUGAAGGGUUCACGGAGAUCACCAUUGUGCCGACAAUCAACAUGAGGAAGACCAUCAAAUUCGACUGUAGAGAGAUGUCCAUAACAGGUGUUUUGGUAAAUGGUAAAAAGGCAAACUUUGUCUACCAAGAUCUAUUGCAUAUAAAUAGUAGUAGCGAUAUUGGAGAGGAUGAUGGCGUGGAUGACAGACGCCAAUCGAAAAUCAAUCUUUUUGACCUAUAUUCCGAUUCAUUGGACAUUCAUCAACAUCAUUUACUUAAACAGAAACUCAGCUAUAUUUUUGGGGAACUCAAUUUUGAUCCUAGGGAGCCACCUCGUGAAUUGGCUAAUGGUAAUUCUGAAGAACUCACAGUUAUCUUACCUGAUAGUUUUAAACUCGAAUUGAUCGAUGCUAAUAAUCAAAACUUACAUUCCACUCCAGGUAUGCCUGGUACAGCUAACGCUGCUGCAUUCACACCACUUGCAAUGCGUACUAAAAACACAUUCUCUCAGGACACAUAUGCUCCCGUUACCAUUAAAGUGACCUAUAGCUUGGUAAAUCCUAAAAAUGGGAUUGCCUUCGUUAAUCAAAAUCAAGACAAAAAGCUGUGGCAUGCGUACACCACCAACUCUGAAUAUGGAGUUUCCACAUCAUCAUGGGUUCCAUGUAUUGACAACCUGUGGGAGCGUAAUACAUGGUCCCUUGAAUUGAGCAUACCGCGUACUGUGAAAGACGUUGGGUUCCCAAGAAUUAUUGGUACUAAAGAGGCCAUUCGUUCUAAAAGUCCACAAAAGAGAAAGAGACAACAAGAUCGUCGAGGGCUCAAUUAUGACGAUGUAGAUGAAAACGACAGUAGACGAGAUGAUGAGGAAGAGGAGGAAGAGGAAGUGGAUGAUGAUGAUGAAGAAGAAGAGGAAGAGAACCUUGAUCUUGUUGUUUGUACUGGGGAUUUCAACAAUAUAAAGGAAACCCCACAUCCUAUAGAUUUAUCUAAGAAGGUGGUGAUGUGGUCUGUAUUUAACCCCAUAUGUGCACAUCAUGUUGGUUGGGCUGUGGGAUGUUUCCAAACUGUAUCGAUCCCAAGUUCCAAACAAGACGAAGAAAACGAAAAGGAAGAAUUUGAAGGUGAUGGUGAUGACUUAGAAAAGGAAAAUGGUGACAUACCGCUCACUGUAUAUUGCCUUCCCAACUCUUCUAACGAUGCUUUGAAUAGUUGUAUUUUCUUAAACAAGGCAAAAGAUUUUUUCCUGAAGGAAUUUGGAUCUUUCCCAUUCAGUCUGUAUGCCAUGGUUUUUGUUGAGAAUUCAACAGCUAAAACGCACGACUUUGCAGGUCUUUCUGUGUGUAGUGACAAGUUGUUGUACCCAGAAAACUUGAUCGAACCGAUGUUGCUGUCUACAGAAACAUUAUUGGAAUGUUUAACGGUGCAAUGGUCGGGUAUCAACGUUGUCCCUCAGACACCCAACGAUUUAUGGUGUACAACUGGGAUUGCUUCAUAUAUGGCCCUUCAAUUUAUUCGUGUAUUGAUGGGUAAUAACGAAUAUAGGUUUAAAAUCAAAACGAAAAUGAAUGAAAUCGUUGAAACCGACAUUGGGAGAUCUCCUUUAGCACUCCAAUUUUUCCGGUUCCCUAUUUCAAUUCUUGAUUUACAAUUCUUAAGACUUAAAUCUCCAGUGGUUUUAUUUAUUUUGGAUAAACGGAUGACAAAAACUGAUAAAUCAUUUGGUCUUUCACGUGUAUUACCAAAGAUUUUCCUUCAAGCGAUGUCUGGGGAUUUACCUAAUGGAACUCUCUCCACUCAACACUUCCAAUAUGUGUGUGAAAAGGUUAAUCGUAACAAGUUAGAUCAAUUUUUCAAACAAUGGGUAUUCGGAGCCGGAGUUCCCAUUUUCAAUAUUUCACAGAAAUUUAAUAAGAAAAGGUCACUCAUUGAGAUGAGCAUCAGACAAGUUCAACAACAGGAAACAAAACAACUUCAUCCCCGUUCAGAUACUUUUAUCGGCGAUUCUGUUGGGUACUUGGAAGAUGAACCCUCCUUCAUGAUACAACCAGUAUUUUCUGGUCCAAUGACCAUCCGUAUUCACGAGGCAGAUGGUGUUCCUUAUGAACAUAUUGUAGACCUCAAGGAGGGAAAUGUCAAGUUAGACAUUCAAUAUAAUACAAAAUUCAAGAGAAUGAAGAGGAAUCGUGAGGAAGCCAAUGAAAAAUCAAAUGGUACAUCAAAUGCUACUAAAGGUGAAGGGGCUCCCGCGGCCAAUCAAACACCAAAAGAGAUAGCUCCUCCAGCACCAAGUACAUUUAGUCAACUUGGUGACAUACUCCAGAGUCCUCAAGAAAUGGAAGAAUGGGGGUUCAGUGAAUGGUCAAAGCGAGAUGAAGAUGAUAUCUAUAAUGAUGCAUUUGAAUGGAUCCGUGUGGAUGCAGAUUUCGAAUGGAUAGCGAAAAUUAAUGUCCAACAACCAGAUUAUAUGUUCGGGUCCCAAUUACAAUACGAUCGAGAUGUGGAAGCACAAUAUGAAGCCAUUAGAUAUUUUGGAGAUAGAGAAAAACCAACCACCACAUAUUGUACUGUUUUGAGUCGUACAGUUAUGGAUACCAGAUACUAUUAUGGUAUUCGAAUUGCGGCUGCUAAGGCGUUGGCUGAUGUUUCAAAAGCGGAGAACAAUUACAUAGGGGUACGAUACCUCAUCAAAAUAUUUAAGAAGUUGUAUUGCUUUGCUGGAAGUCUGAUACCUUUAAGUAAUGAUUUCAAUGAUUUUAAUGCGUUUUUCUUACAACGUGCAAUUCCGCAAAUGCUAUGCAAUGUUCGAGAUGAAGAAGGCAAAGUCACUUAUUUAAUUAAGAACUUGUUGUUGAACUUGGUGAAGUUUAAUGAUAAUUCAAAUAAUGAUUUCCAAGAUUGCUUUUAUGUUUGUGAUCUUUUAUCAUCAUUAACGACAAGUCUUUUGUCGCCUGCAUCCUUGGGGAAACUUCCAGGUCAACAACAAUCAACAAAUAACCAAGAAACAAAGUUCUUGAAGGAAGUAGUUACUGAAAUCAAUUGUAUUCAAAAACUUGAUGAGUGGAUACCAUCUUAUCAGUCGAUCGUUUCUGUAUGUUGUUUAAGACAAAGAAUUAGAUUAGCAGUAUAUGGACUAGUUGAAUUCCUGUUUGAAGAUUUGUUAUAUUAUACUUUGGAGAAAUACCCAUACGAUGUUCGAGUCGAAGCAUUCCGUGGGUUGCUCAUCCUUGGUGGGUUGAAAACAAAGAGUGUUUUGCAAUAUUUUUUGAAAACUGCUCUUAUUGGGGCUAACGUUCCAUACUUUCGAAACAAACUUAUUGAAAUUUUCCGUGAGUCAAUUUGUAUUGCUGCUAUUCAUGGAACUCCAUCCACACUUGAUGACCCGGAAUUUAAUUCCUUGGAAAAACUUUUGGAAAAUGCCAGUGGUGCUGGAUCAGCUUCUGGCCCUGGUAACACUACAACCACUGUUGUAGUGGAAGAUGGGGGACCCAAUACAGAAAUUAGUUCCAGAAGAGAUGCGUUUGCCCGGGCAACUUUGAGUGGAGCUAUUGAGCUCUUGAGAAGGGAUUAUGCUAUAGGACUUGGUUUGAGACAAAUCCUCUGGGACUUGCUUCAUACUUCAUUACUUAGUAUUUACGAAAGAAGAAACAUAUUUACCUUGUGUCAGAUAUUAUAUCGGGAAAUUGACUCAUUUAAACUUCUGAUUCCAAUUCCUUCUGUUUCCUUUGAAGAAUUGAAAAAGAAGUUUGUUCUUCGUAAUUUAGGAAGUGGUAAAAUUGUUAUUAGACGUGAAGGAAGAAAUAAAAUUCAAUUACCAAACAGAAAGACUGAAGAACAAAAAUCUACCAGUCUUCGAGUCAGACUACCACCACUUGCAGCCCCUUCCACCGCUGCUGUACCACCAACUAAAGGUACGGGUGCGACUGCUACUUCUACAUCUACAUCGGCUGAUGUUGCUGGUGUGCCAAUUUCUACUGCUUCAUCAUCGCCCACUCGAACAUCAUCGGGAGCAACAGUGGUAUCUUCAUCAUCGCCAACAAAGGCUACAACUUCAGAACCAAAAUUAAAGGUUAAAAUUAAACCAUUAUCGAAACCACCUUCUAGUGGUACUUCAAAGAACACUAUCGAAGGAAUUGAAAAAAGGGAAAAUAGAGAUGAUCAUCUGAAACCAUCAAAGAAUUCCAGAUCUUCAAAGGCACCACUGGUGUCUCCAAUUGAACUGAUAAAGAAGGAGAAGGUAGUUUCUGGAGAAUCUAAAGUUACCUUUGAUCCUCACAAUCGUAACAAGGUUACCAUUAAACUUCCUAAAAUUAAACUUCAUCUGGUUAAAAAGCAAAAGAAACUGAGUAUAUUUGACUUCCCAUCUGAUUCACCAGUAAAGUCAGAAGUAGUUCCAAAGUCUACGAUUGAAAGGAAAUCGGGUAUAUUCUCAUCUAAUAAUCUCAAUUCUAGGCACAGUAGCCCUUCAAGGUCUACAACAAGUACCAACGGAAUUACAACUACUACUGCUACUGCCCCUUCAACUCGUCCGCCACUACCACCUCCACCUCCACCACCCCAUCCUGCUAAACAAAUCAACAAACCACUUGUUAAAAUUAACGGCUCGAAAGUCACAAUUUCUAUAAAAAGAAGAUCACCUCGUCCCCAAGUGAAAAAUCCAAGAUAUGUUAAAAUUUACCUUGAUACUAAAAAAGUGGAAAUCUCAGCAACUCCAUUUAAUUAAGUAUAAGUUAGUUCUUAUCUUUAUAUGCGGUUCCUGUAUAUAGUAGAGAUUUAUAGUUUUUUAUUCAACAUGGCAAUAAUAAAAAUACGUA